UUUUCUCUUCUUUCUCAUACUCAUCUGUUCCGGUCGACAGAUCCUUUUUUUACUUUUUGUGAUGCGACCAGAGUACAUUACUGCGGGCUUCGUGUUUGUGGAGGUGCGCUCUCGGUUGUAACAUUACCUGAAUUUGUUUGUUCUACCUUCGAUGACCUCUUUUAUUUUGCAUGUUUGUUUAUUCCGCCCGACCCUCAAACCAUUGGUGAGGCAUUUGAAAAGUGAUACUCCCCUUAUGCCCCUUGUUUUACAUUUACUCUUUGUCUUGUCUUAUUCCCCUCCCGGUGAUUAUAACACCCUCUUGUGUGGUUUCCUUUUUAUUCUUUCUCACUGCUCAUUCCCUGAAUGUAAGUUAGAUUCUUUCACUACUUUUCUAUUAUCAUUCACAAGAAAUAUGGGACAAAGACAUUUCGAGCUUCCCUUACAAAAAAAAGCACAGGGAUCCCAUUUGAUAUAUACUGCUCUCCAUUAUUCCCUCCCAAGUAACUACUAUGUAUAUGUAAAACCUGUCUCACAUUUCUUUUCUUCAUGUUGCCCCCAUGUGAAGCAAGGUGUAUUUUCCAUUGAUCCCUGAACUAACCAGUUGCUCUCACUAACAUUCCAAACCUUG